CGGGCGUGCCACUCAGCCACUGUCCUGAUCGGCGUGCGCUUCCGCCGUGAAACCCUUCAUACGCUGCUGCUGCAACAGAAAGGCUCCUUCCGGCCUCCACUGUUGGCCAUGAAACCGCCGCCGGCGUCCGCCAAAGCCCCGCUCCCGUGGAUCUCCCCUCUCCUGUACCGCAGCCCCACCCGCGCCGCGCCCUCGCCGCCACCUCCACCCCCUUCGCCGCCCUCCUCCCCGUCGCCGCGGUACGUCGACCACCCCGACCUCGCCCGCCUCAUCGCCUCCUCCGACUCCGGGCAGCGCGCGCUCGACCUCUUCAACGCCGCCGCGGGGCAGCGCGGGUUCUCGCACACCGCCGCCACCUUCUCCGCGCUCCUCAUCCGCCUCGCGCGCGCCCGCCUCCCGUCCGCCGCCGCGGCCAUCCUCCGCCGCGCCGCCUCCAUGCCCUGCCGGUUCCUCGAGCCGCACUUCCUGCCGCUCCUCCGCCUCCUCCCCCCGGACCACGCCCUCGCGCUCCUCCGCUUCCUGCCGUCGCUCCUCCGCCGGCGCCGCGUCUCGCACAAGGCCCUCGCCGUCUGCCUCGACCGCCUCGUCUCCUCCCGCUGCCCCGACGUCCUCUCCGAUCUCAUAGCCGACCUGCGUGACCCCCGGAACAAAUACCUGCCCACUCCCAAUACCUGCGUCUAUAACAUACUCAUCAAGCACUACGUCAAGAAUGGUGAUUCGGAGACUGCCUUCAGAGUGCUCGAUGAAAUGCGUGAGUACACUUGCGGAGAUGUGAGGCCAAACCUGGUCACCUAUUCAACCUUGAUAGGUGGGCUCUGUCGUGCUGGUAAGAUGAAGGAAGCUUUUGAACUGUUUGAGGAGAUGAUUGAGAAAGACCACAUCGUGCCAGACCAGCUGACAUACAAUGUGAUCAUCAACGGAUUUUGCCGGCUGGGGCAGGUGGAUAAGGCACGGACGAUCUUUGGAUUUAUGAGGAAGAAUGAAUGUGAGCCAAACGCUUUCAACUAUGCCACACUGAUGAAUGGACACUCGAGGAAAGGCGAACUGGAGAAUUUAAGGAUGGUGUUUGAGGAGAUGAAGAGUGCUGGGGUGGAGCCAGACGCUGUCAGCUACACGGCACUGAUUGGGUGCCUUUGUAGACAUGGGAGUGUCGAUGAGGGUAUCGAUCUUGUGCGGGAGAUGAGGGAGAAAGGAUGUAAGGCUGAUGUUGUCACCUAUAAUCUGCUGAUUGAAGGGCUGUGCAAAGAUAAGCGGAUGGUGGAAGCGAUGGACUUGCUCAGGAGCUUGCCACUGGAAGGAGUUCAGUUGAACGUCGCGAGCUAUCGGAUUGUGAUGAAUAGUCUAUGCUCAUGUGGAGAUAUGGAGAAGGCCGUUGGCUUGCUGGGACUGAUGCUUGGACGAGGAUUUUUACCACACUAUGCUGCCUCAAACGACCUGUUGAUUGGUCUUUGUGGUGUUGGGCGAGUGGCAGAUGCCACAGUCGCAUUGUAUGGAUUAGCCAGCGUUGGCUUCAAGCCAGAUACUAGUUGUUGGGGAAAGCUGGUCGAGGCUGUGUGCCGGGACAGAAAACUUAGGAGAUCUGUUGAGCUUCUAGAUGUCUUGAUCACCGAGGGAUGAGCAACUGAACUCAGCAUAGUAUAGGUUACUUUGGCUGAUUUUUCGACCGAAAGGGGAUGCCAAUCAGGUGAAGGACGCUCAACAAUGGAUUGAUGACACAUUGAAGAAAUCACUUCCAACAUAAGAUGAUCAGGCAUGAGCAGAUGACAAACGAGGGGCAUGUGAUCUGCAACAGAACACUGUUUGCAAAAAAAAUUCAACAAGGCCGGUGACCUGAGCCAAUUUGCAAUAGAAUCCAUCAAUCCACCACCACUGGAGGUGGGCAUGGAGCAUUGAUUACUUCAAUGUAUUGGUGGCUAAAAUGCGUCAUCACUGGCUGAGGAAACUGAAGGUGGAGUAACCAUGUGAAAGAGAGGUCCUCAUUUCCCUUUGGUGGUUUGAAGGGUGAUGUGGUUCUAGCAGCGAGGUGGUUCGGGCGCCCGGGUGGUUCCGACUUCUGAGCUACUGAAGUAGGCUGGGCUGUUGAAAAGUUGGAAUGCAAAGUCCUUUUAAAUUUACAGUCACGGAGAGAAACAAAGUUUUCUUGUAGAAGGUCCCAAUGAAACCUCUUUGUAAGGAAGCUCCCAGGGAAACUUAAUUAUGAUGGAUAAAAGAAGUGUUGUCUUGAAUAACUGCCUAAUAUAGUUAAGUUCGGAA